CACAGAGGCGGACUAUUAUUAUUAUUAUUGUAGCUGUUACCGAAAAAAAGUUUUGAUUAUAACUCUUCAAACGAGUCCAGAAUUCCAUUCCGCUGUAUCCAAACACCACGUUUCCCAUCAUCUCCGUUUGUUUCGGGAGAAAAUAAUAAAUUUCGCUUUCACUCUUUCAUUGAACCAAAAGUCUACUCCAGGAUGAGUGAAAGCGAGAGCCAGCAGCAGAAGCGCGAAGGUAACUUCGACUUCAAUUCGGAGGUAAAGAAAUCGAAAAUCGAAAAAGUUGAAAAAUCAGGAUCGUUUAUUGAAAUAGAAGCUGAUGCAGCCGAAGAUAAAGGGUCGAGACACACUAUGGAGGACGCUUGGGUUGUCAUGGCGGAUGCCUACACCGAUUCUCCUGACAGUUUGAGAUGUGCGCAUUUUGCAAUAUAUGAUGGACAUGGAGGUCGUUUAGCUGCAGAUUAUGCACAGAAACAUUUACACGCUACUGUUGUUUCAGCCGGCUUACCACGUGAGUUGCUGGAUGUGAAAGCUGCCAAAAAGGCCAUACUUGAAGGUUUUCGGAAAACAGACGAAUCUCUUCUUCAAGAGAGCGCAUUAGGAGGAUGGCAGGAUGGUGCUACAGCAGUGUGUGUCUGGGUACUUGGACGAACUGUUUUUGUUGCUAAUGUCGGGGAUGCAAAAGCAGUAAUAGCACGAUCUGUGGUUCACGGAUCCCAGAAUCAUACAGAUGGUUUAAGUUCUUUGAAGGCCAUUGUGGUGACAAGGGAACACAAAGCCAUCUAUCCGCAAGAACGUGCUCGCAUACAAAAGGCUGGUGGUACUGUGAGUACAAAUGGACGAUUACAGGGACGCCUAGAAGUUUCUAGGGCUUUUGGGGAUCGCCAGUUCAAGAAGUUUGGUGUUGUUGCAACUCCAGACAUUCAUUCCUUUGAGCUUACAAAUAGGGAGGAGUUCAUCAUUCUUGGCUGUGAUGGGCUAUGGGGGGUGUUUGGACCAAGUGAUGCUGUUGAAUUUGUGCAGAAAUUAUUCAAG